AUAUGUUUUUCAGUAUCUGUGUGUAAAUAUAGCAGAAAUUACCCUCUUUAUAUAUACUCUGUUGUUUUCCCUUUGCUCUUCAUAUUAUAAUGUGAGAAUUGGGUUGACACAUUUCUCCACCAGUGAAAUCUUGAGAAAAUAAAGCUUCACUGACUCCACAGGCCAACAUGGGUGUUCAAUACAGUUCAUUCUCUCAAGGGAAGACUACCAGUGCACAUAAUGAGCCCAUUCUUUACUAUCAAACAAAGCUGCAGUGCUGCUUAUGAGUCCGUAGCAAACAAAAUUAUACAAAAUUACAGUAGAAGUUUUAGUGUGAUUUGCAAAUUAGUUCAGUUCAGGUCCUAAUCAGCAUAAGUGGACCGCUACACUUUGUUCCCUAAUGAGAUGAAACUCAAAACAUCCCUGGACUUGAAAUGAGAAAAUAUCCACAUCAAAAGCCUCUUGCUGUGCAUUUAAUCAUAGACUAAAUCUUGGCUUUUUUCUGAAUAGUAAUGGAAAUGAGUAAGAGCAUACACACAACUGUUUUUUGGCCUUCCUGUGUUUCCAGGAACUGUUGUAAAAAAAAAAAAAAAAAAGCAAGGAAAAAAAAGCAAUACCAUGUGUAGACAUAACAUAUUAAAACAAAUAUUAACAUUUCUUUUAAAGUAUAAAGUAAAUAUUUCUCAGCCAUGACGUUAAUCAUAUCACAUAUUACUUCUAUGCAUGAAAAGGAGCAAAUUUGUCGUGUGGGUUUUCCACGAUGAACACAAUGUCCUUUCGCAAUUUCACUACCAGUCACAUCUUGUUCUCUGUAAUGAUUUGAGUGUGUGUGGUGUGAUAUUAGUAACUUGAACCCAAAAGCACAGAGUGGGGCUUGUGUGUUUUCUUUUGUGUCUGUCAUCACAGGCACUCUGUUUAAGCAUAUACACAUAAUUGUCCAUGCAUCUGAACACACACACACACGCACACACACACAUAUGCAAACAUUUCCACUUCACAUUCCAACACAUGAAUAUCACAAACCAGCAGUCUUCUACUCCUUGCUUCACAUUUGUGGCUAUAUUUGUGUGAUUGCUGAUGACCGCAGUGAGACUUUGUGCAAAUAUCUGCGACCGAGCUGGAGGAGCUGCUGGUGGAGAGACAGACAGAGAGAGAGAGAGAGAGAGAGAGAGAGGCCAUUGUUCAGCUGUGUGUGCUUGUGUCAGAUAUGACGACAGGAUGAAUAGCUGAAGAACCUGAUUGUGAAUAGUUGUAAUGUGACUCGCUCCUCUUACAAGUUGUGUGUGCGAGAGAAAGAAGGAAGGAGAAAGAGACGCAGUCGGCCGGGGAGUCCCGUGUUUUAAGUUUCAAAGGCAGGGAACUGCAGUUUGUUCAACUUAAAUAGUGGGAGUGAGUCUAAGCUUUGUUGAAAGUGGAGCAAAAAUCAGGCAACUUUUAGUGUCUUUGCAUUAGCCUGCAGUUGUGCUUCUCUUUCCUCAAAGCAGCAACAGGGGGCAGGGUGCUGCAAGGCAGGGAGGGUAAUUGUCUCAAGGUGUGGAGAGAGCACAGCAGGCUGAUAUUAUGCAGCUGAGAUCCCUGCAGUGUGCCAUUGCAAUGUGUGCGAGUGUGUUUGUGUGUGGCUGAAACACAGGUAAAAACUCAGCUCAGCAAGGAGGAGGGAAUUUAUAAAGUCUCACAAGAAGCUUUUCAUAAAAACAGCAGAAAGGGGGUCUAUUAUUGUAGAAAUAAUAAAGAAAAAUACAUAAAGAAAGAUGUUUAGUGGGCUGGGAGACAUAUAAACAAACAACAAAUGAAAAACAAAGAAAAUAGAGAAAAGUAACACACGAGAGAAAUAUGAAGCGUACAAAGCCACAGGCUGUACACGUUGGGAAGUCGGUGUAUGUGUGUGUGUUUGUGUGUGUGGAGGGGGGUGUUAGAGCCCCACUGGGGGUUUCUUCCAGAGUUCAUCCCUCUUGAACGAGGGAAGGAAAGGGAGGAGGGUGAGGCUGUCUAGUACACAAAAACUAUCCAGACUCCAGGCCAGUGCGGUUCGCCUGCAGCAGAGACACACUUCACUGGGACUGAAGUAUCCAAGUAUCUCCAGGAGGCUAACAGAAUCCAUUAGAGGAGCGGUAAUGAAAGAAUUGAAUAAGAUAGGAGCUCAUGCCAAAACCAAAUCAAAACACAGACAGAAGAACCCAAAGAGAAAAAUAAACCUUCAUGCAAUACACAGAGGACGAGAUGGAUCACUAUUAACUGAGAGUGAAACAGAAACUGAUGUGUGGAAAAGUUCAGCAUGGAAAGGUCAGAAGUUUGAGCCGAAAUGAAAAAAAUGGAUAAUUAAUCGUUAAGAGGCUCAUUAGAGAGAAAACAGGGGUCUUAAAUCACAAACUGUCAUGUUACAGGUUUCCUCUGAAGAAAUGAACAGCUAUGUGUUGUGACUUAAAUUACGUCAGUACAUAGUAUUUAAGGAAAAUCUGAAUCAGUUUGAUGACCAAGUGUGUACACACAAACAACAAAUCUGACUCCUGUUUAUCCUUACCUCUCACAUAUGAUAGAAUAAAUACAUGCAUAUAGAAAUAUAAAAGUAAAAGUAUGGUAAAACAAACAAAAAAAAAAUCACAAAAUUGAGUGUAAAGACCAAAUAAUGCUCAUUUAAAAAAAAAGAAGAAAAUAAUGGAGUGUUCCACAAACAAUAUGAUCUAUGACUGUACACAUGAACUGAUUUUAUUGCUGAUCCAGAAUGAUAUAAAACCCUCACUAGUUUCACUAAUAACAAUUUGAUACAGACACUCAUAGAUGCUAUGUAAAAUAGAUAUUUAAGUGUCAUUAAAACAGCCAUUUCAUCAUCACAGGAUUGGAAAUAAUAAUAAUGCCACUGUAGAUGUACUGAGAUACAGUUAUCAGUUAUCGCUCUGAUACUGACCCAAACAGAUGCAUCAGGAAUCAAUGAUGAAGAGCUGAUUUAUUUAGUUCAAUUCUGUUAUUUUAAGAAAUUAUCAAAAAUUAUAUACACAAACAAAAAUCACAAAAUUGAAUGUAAAGACCAAAUACUUCUAAUUUGAAAAAAAAAAAAAAAAAGAAUAAAGUAGAGAGUUCCAAAAACCAUGUGAUAUAUGAAUGACUGUACACAUGAAGUGAUUUUAUCUGGUAUGAUAUAAAACCCACACUAGUUUCACCAAUAGCAAUUUGAUGCAGACACUUAUAGAUGCUACGUGUAAAAUAGAUAUUUAAGUAUCAUUAAAACAGUCAUUUCAUCAUCAGAGGAUUGGAAAUAACAAUAAUGCAACCGUAGAUGUGCUGAGAUACAGUUAUCAGAUAUCGCUCUGAUACUGACCCAAACAGAUGCAUCAGGAAUCAGUGACUGACGGCUGAUUUAUUUACCUCAGUUCUUUAUUUUAAGUAAUUAUCAAACAAUAUAUACACAAAAACAGGAAUAUCCCAACUCAUAACAUCAAAUAUUCAUCAAUAAAUAAUCUUUAAAGUAAUUCACUGUUCCACAAAAUACCUUCUUGCACAAAUAAAGUAGGAGGAAUUUCACUCUAUUUUCUCUUUUUCUUUAUAGAUCUGUUUAUCAUGAUCUGUGUUUAUACUUCAUUAGCAUAUUUAUUUACUUAUUUAUUUGCUUGGCAUGUUUCUUUCACACUGAUUAAAAAGACAUCCUGUUGUUUUAAUGAAGCAGGGAACCUUUAUUGUUUCAACAUCAAUGAACAAACUAGAGCCUCAACAUAUUUACUGACAGAUCAUCAUGUUAGUAAAGUUAUUUUCUUAGUCUUAAGUGCUAUUUAUUCCAAAUUUAUGUAGUUUAUUUAAAAAUGGGAACAGAUCAUAGAACAGGAAAUAUCUAGAUGGAAAGUAUCGCUAUUUAAAUAUUUAUCAUCACACCAACUGUAAAUGCAAAAAAUGUGUGUGCACAAGUAAUUGAUUCAACAGUACCUUCAGCGAUAAUUAAACUUUAAUAAUAGGCUCAGAAGUUUUGUUUUUGUUUUACUCUGUUUUUCAUCCAUAUUAAUAAUUCCCAAUCCAGGUAGGUAGGACUGCUGGGAAAUAACACAACUCAAGAAUAAAACAUUACCUUUUACUUAUUUAGUAGCUGUUUGGUUUAAUACUUCAUGAACACCUCAGAAUUAAUUUAGAAUGUCAUUUAGUUAUCAAUAACAUUAGUGGGUGUUUAAUUUGGGGGAAUAUGAGGAAGCACCUAAUUCUUCUGUCCUUGUGCAGACAUCCUCCUCCUCCUCGUCUUGAAGGUAGAAGUUAUAAUUUUUUAAAGUCUAUACUCCCUGCUGUGACAGUACAUGAAUAAAUUAAAAAAAAAAAAAGUUAACUCAGGGACAUGAAGAAAAAAGAAACCGUGCAGGGAGGGUGAGAAUAAAGGUGAAGAGUGUUUGUUUUCAUUUGCAGAAUAUGAAAUAUGAAGAGGCCAGUUUGGAAUUUUUGAGGGAGAAUAUUGGGAGGGAAAGAAAGUGUUUCACGUGGCCAAUCAGAGAGCGGUUCCACACCCACCCAGGGUCUAAAUCCCUCCCUCUUCUGCCUCCUGGACCCCACCCCCUUUCUGUGUGUUGGGAGAACGUGCAGAUAGUUGGCUCUGUCUGUAGUGGAGUGUGAGAGGCCCACAGAGCCGGCAAGAGGGGAGCUGAGAUCAGUUACAGCAGCCACAGCAAAACAGACGAGCAAGAGAGUGAUCUAGAAGAGUAGCUGGAGCUUUAGAGCAGGGAUCUAGGUCAGAGUCAGAAGAACAGACAGACAGAGAGGGAACACCUGGACCAGCAGGGCAUUGAGUUACUCUGAGUCACUAGAAGAAUCCUCUGAGUUUUUUACACCUCUGCAGAAUAACAUCAGAGCACUGUAGCUGUGUGUGAGUGGUCUGUGAGGAGCAUGUUUGACUGUAUGGAGGCUCUGGGGUUGGCCCCGAGGCCCCUCUUUGAUGUGUCCGGACAAGGCUCCUGCAUGCUAGGCAAGACCACCCCUUACUUCUCUGGCCUGGACCCCUUUGCCUGGGCUGGGACAGGCAGCGUUCAGUCGGUGGAAACUCAGAGCACCAGUUCAGAGGAGAUGGUACCCAGCUCUCCAUCACCUCCUCCUCCUCCUCGUGUCUACAAGCCAUGUUUUGUGUGCCAGGACAAGUCGUCUGGUUAUCACUAUGGAGUGAGCUCCUGUGAGGGCUGCAAGGGUUUUUUCCGCCGAAGUAUCCAAAAGAACAUGGUGUACACAUGCCACAGAGACAAAAACUGCCAGAUCAACAAAGUGACCCGCAACCGCUGCCAGUACUGUCGACUGCAGAAGUGCUUUGAGGUCGGCAUGUCUAAAGAAGCGGUGCGUAAUGACAGGAACAAAAAGAAGAAGGAUGUGAAGGAGGAGGUGGUGCUGCCGGAGAACUAUGAGCUGAGUGGAGAACUGGAGGAGCUGGUGAACAAAGUCAGCAAAGCUCACCAGGAGACCUUUCCGUCUUUGUGCCAACUUGGAAAAUACACCACAAAUUCAAGUGCUGACCACAGAGUACAGCUGGACUUGGGCCUGUGGGAUAAGUUCAGUGAACUCUCCACUAAGUGCAUUAUAAAGAUUGUGGAGUUUGCCAAGCGGCUACCAGGCUUCACUUCUCUCACCAUCGCUGACCAGAUCACCCUCCUCAAAUCUGCAUGUCUGGACAUCCUGAUGCUGAGGAUAUGCACACGUUACACUCCAGAACAAGACACAAUGACCUUCUCAGAUGGUCUGACCCUCAACAGGACUCAGAUGCAUAAUGCUGGAUUCGGUCCGCUCACAGACCUGGUGUUUGCCUUCGCUGGUCAGCUGCUGCCUUUGGAGAUGGACGACACAGAGACGGGGCUGCUCAGCGCCAUCUGCCUCAUCUGCGGAGACCGUAUGGACCUGGAGGAACCUCAGAAAGUUGACAAGCUUCAGGAGCCACUGCUCGAGGCUCUGAAGAUAUACACUCGCCGCAGACGCCCCAACAAGCCUCACAUGUUUCCUCGCAUGCUGAUGAAAGUCACAGAUCUCCGAGGAAUCAGCACCAAAGGUGCAGAAAGAGCCAUCACACUGAAGACUGAGAUCCCAGGCCCGAUGCCGCCUCUGAUCAGGGAGAUGUUGGAAAACCCAGAGGCCUUCGAGGACAGCAGUGACUCAGGAGACAGCGGCGCCACUGCUCCCCCGGCCAUUCAAGCCAUCAAACAAGAGGAGAAGUCCACAUAUGAGUCGGCCGUCGAAGAAGAGGAGGAGGAGGAAGAGGACGACUACUGGGACGAGGAAAAAGAGAAAGGGGCAAACAGUGACGGGGAGCCCUGGGGGGAGCCCUCGACAGUUGCACAAAAAAAAGGUGCGACUGGGAAAACACAGUGAGGGAGACUCCAUGACGCUGCCUCCUCCUCCUCCUCCAGACCGGCAAUAUCACCUCCCAGAAACCUCACACAAUGGCUCUUACACAACAUCAUGUUGCAUUCAACAUGUAGUGACAUUUUUCUGUAUAUAUGAACUUUAAGACAUAAAGUGUUAAGUUCAUUACAAGACACGUGAAUGGGAGAAGCAAAAGCACUAAAUACCAGUAGGUCAAGGAGAGCGCCAUGAAAAAUCACUGUGCCAAAAUGAAACUGUCUAAAUGAUAUUUCAAGGGUUUCGUCCACACAAAGAGGAACAAAAUGUGUCGGACAGAAGAAAUGCACUCCUCUACUAUCCAUAAGGGCUAUGCUUUGUAUAAAAUUGAUGGUAAAAAAAUACAUUGCAACGACAAAACUCUACAUGUUGCCCAAUCUGUCUUUCUCAGAAUUCCUUUUGUUACUAUUCAGAGAUAUGCUACUUAUUUUUUUAUUGUAUGUUUUCUAAGCAUGUACAUGUUUCUGUUCUGUCAUUUUGUGCCUGUUUGAGGGACUUAGCAUUGGAAUUUUUUUUUUGAAUAUUAUUCUCAGUCCUGCCCGCACUUGACUGGACAGAUGUGCUCUUAUUCUUUUCUUUCAUUUCAUGUAUUUCUGUUUUAUUGGACAGACUGAAGAAAAAUAGGGCAGAAAGAUCAGGCUGAGAUGUAACGGGCCAUGAGCAGGACUCAAACUCACAACAGCUUUAGAAAUUCUGAAAACCUCUGUCUGGACAUAUUAGAAAAAUUGCAAUUAGAACUCGGUACUGGUGAUCCAAAGAGACACAAAGCACAUGCAGCAACAUGUUUCCAUCGAUCCACACACAGUAACAUGCUUACAAUAAUCUUGAAAUAAUCUGCAGGGUAGAUUUAAUGUCAUGACACAAUCUCAGGUUGAUUCUAUCAGGGCCACAUCACACCAGUCAAUACAGACAUUUAUUUGAACUCAAGCUCUGACAUAAAUAUUCCAUCUUUUUAUAUGUUAAAGCCUUUCAGCAGAAAUUGUCAUGACAUCACAGACCCAAGCAAUUUAUUUAACAGAAAACCUCAGGUGUGUAUGUGUGUUUGUUUUUGUGUGUGUCUAUCAGACGGAGAGCGCAGUCAUUCCCAAUCUGGACGAGUGUGAUUUUUCUGCCACAAUGCACAGUGGGAAUUCAUGCAAAAAUAAUAAUAAUAAGUGUAUUAAAGCAGCAAAAAUGGUUUUAAAAGAACAAUGCGGUGCCAUUACAAGCUUAGCAAGAAUUAAAUGAUCAAAUAUACAGAACGAAAUGUCAGAUCUGAGGCUGCAGCCGUCCAACGUCACUGAAAGAUCAGAUGAUUUUCCAUCAAGUGAUCUGUCACAGACUGAUAAUGUGUGUCUAUGUGUGUUGUAUCAGUUUUGUAAAAUAAAUGCAUAUAAUUUCUUUUUCAUCAAAGCUAUACAACCUUUUUAAAGUGUGUAUAGUCGUCAUUAUUUGAAGAUACAUAAGACAAUGUAAGACUUAUUGAGCUCCACAUCAGCACAUUAUCGUUCAUGACAUGAGAACGGUGCAGCAACACAGGUGUGAAUUCAUGGAAGCUACAACAUGAUGUGAAAAAAUAGGAUAUUUGAUGCGUGUCACUCAAUGAUUGAAGUAGAUAAAAGAAAGAAUGGAGAAGUAAAUAUAUGUGGGGCAGGAAAGCAGAUCUGUUGGAAACAUUUCUGCAAAUACACCAGCAUUUUUGAAGGAAUGGCACUAUGUACAA